CUCGAGCUGGUGAAGCUGCAGGAGUGGAUCAAGAAGAAGGGCCUGCGCGUGGUGGUCAUAUUCGAGGGGCGCGACGCGGCCGGCAAGGGUGGUAUUAUCAAGGUCAUCACGGCGCCGCUAAACCCGCGUGUGUGCAGCAUCAAGGCUCUGGGAACCCCCUCGGACCGCGAGCGCACUCAGUGGUACUUCCAGCGCUAUGUAGCCCACCUUCCGGCUGCGGGCGAAAUGGUUCUGUUCGAUCGAAGCUGGUAUAACCGCGCGGGGGUUGAGCGGGUCAUGGGGUUCUGCACGGAUGAAGAGUAUCGCGAGUUUCUCCGGUCGUGCCCCGAGUUUGAGCGCAUGCUGGUGCGGUCGGGGAUUAUUCUGGUCAAGUACUGGAUUUCGGUGAGUCCCGAGGAGCAGGAGAAGCGGUUUAAGGAGCGGCUGGAUCGGCCGGAAAAGCGGUGGAAGCUCAGCGACAUGGACCUGCAGUCACGGGCGCGGUGGGCGGAUUAUUCGUACGCAAAGGAUGUGAUGUUUGGGUAUUGUGAUAUCAAGCAGGCACCGUGGUAUGUGGUCCCGUCGGAUGAUAAGAAGGCGGCGAGGCUGAGUGUGAUGGCGCACUUGCUCAGCUUGAUCCCCGGAGGGCCAAGCAUGGUGGCUGAAUACUGCCGUCUCCUUGGGGGAACACGGCCCAUCAACAGCGUCCUUAUUGCCAACAAUGGCAUCGCAGCGGUCAAGUUUAUCAACAGCAUAAGAUCAUGGGCAUUCGAGACCUUUGGUCAAGAGCGAGCUAUACAGCUGGUUGCAAUGGCUACGCCGGAAGACAUGCGUGCGAAUGCCGAACACAUUCGCAUGGCGGAUACAUUCGUUGAGGUUCCUGGUGGGACUAACAACAACAACUACGCUAACGUGCAGCUUAUCGUCGAGGUCGCGGAGCGAACUAAAGUGGACGCCGUGUGGCCUGGCUGGGGUCACGCGUCUGAGAACCCGGAUCUUCCGCAGUCGCUCUCGGCUAAGGGUAUCGCGUUCCUGGGCCCUUCGGCGCAUUCCAUGGCGGCACUAGGCGACAAAAUCGGCUCCACGCUUAUAGCGCAGACGGCCCGAGUUCCAACGAUCCCGUGGAGUGGCUCCAGCAUUAUCCUGCCGGACGACCAGUGCAGGACGGAGAUCGAGGAGGAGCUGUACCACCAGGCGUGCGUGCGCACCACGGAGGAGUGUCUCGACUGCUGCAACCGCGUCGGCUACCCGGCCAUGAUCAAGGCCUCCUGGGGUGGUGGCGGCAAGGGUAUCCGCAAGGUGCACAACGAGGAGGAGGUGGUAACCCUGUUCAAGCAAGUGCAAGGCGAAGUGCCCGGCUCGCCUGUAUUCGUCAUGAAGGUGGCAGCCCUGAGUCGGCACUUGGAGGUGCAGCUGGCGUGCGACGCGCAUGGCAACGUGGUGGCGCUACACAGCAGGGACUGCAGCAUCCAGAGGCGGCACCAGAAGAUCAUAGAGGAGGGGCCGAUCACCGUGGCGCCCCCCGACGUGGUGCACGAGCUGGAGCAGGGCGCGCGGCGGCUGGCCAAGAUCGUGGGGUACUGCGGUGUGGCGACGGUGGAGUACCUCUACAGCAUGGCGGGCAACUCUUUCUACUUCCUCGAAGUCAACCCGCGCCUCCAGGUGGAGCAUCCAGUGACGGAGUGGAUCGCCGGGGUGAACCUGCCAGCAACGCAGCUCUCCAUCGCCAUGGGCAUCCCGCUCUUCCGCCUCCCCGAGAUCCGCCGCUUCUACGCCCAGGGAGGCGGGGGCUCUAGCGACUGGCGCAGCUGCGCGGACCUGGAAUCGUUCAAUUUCGACGAUGUGACCUCCACGAAGCCUAAGGGUCAUGUGGUGGCGGUGAGGGUGACGAGUGAAGACCCCGAGAACGGGUUCAAGCCCACCAGUGGACGCGUGCAGGAGCUGAGCUUCAGGAGCAAGCCGGAUGUGUGGGCGUACUUUUCGAUCAAGGCGGGCGGCCAAAUCCACGAGUUCUCUGACUCUCAGUUUGGCCACCUGUUUGCAUUCGGGCAGGAUAGGCCGGCAGCUAUAGCCAACAUGGUGCUGGCGCUCAAGUCGGUGCAGAUCCGAGGGGAGAUACACACCAACGUUGACUACACCGCCGACCUGCUCCAGGACAAGGAGUACAAGAACAACGUGAUUCACACAGGUUGGCUGGACUCGCGCAUUGCCAUGCGCAUUAAGACGCAGCGCCCUCCCUGGCACAUCUGCGUCAUUGCUGGAGGCCUCUUCAUGGCGUCCCGCACUGCAGCUGCCCGUGUGUCAGAGUACAUGGGGUACCUCGAGAAGGGGCAGAUCCCCCCAGUGAGCAUCUCACUUGUACACUUCAACCUGGUUCUCAACAUUGAUAACGUCAAGUACAUGCUCGCCCUGAGCAGGCAGGGCCCUGGCAGCUACAAGAUCCGCAUGAACCAGCAGGAGGUGCUGGCUGAGGUGCACACACUCAGGGACGGCGGUUUGCUGUGCCAACUGGACGGCAACAGUUACAUCGUGUACGCAGAGGAAGAGGCUGCGGGGACCCGCCUGCUCAUUGGGGGCCGUCCGUGCCUGCUCCAGAACGAGCACGACCCGUCCAAGCUGGUGGCCGAAACCCCAUGCAAGCUGAUGCGGCAGCUGGUAGAGGAAGGGGGCCACCUGAACAUGGACGAGCCAUACGCCGAGGUGGAGGUCAUGAAGAUGUGCAUGCCGCUGCUCGCCCCGGCCUCUGGCUGCAUCCACUGGCGCAUCUCCGAGGGCCAGACCAUGACCGCAGGAGAUCUGAUCGCCACCCUUGAUCUGGACGAUCUGACGGCCAGGAACGUCGUGCAGCAGUUCACAGGGGAUUUCCCCGAGCUGGGCACGCCCACGGUGCAGCCAGACAAGGCGCACCACCGGUUUGCGGAGGCGCUCAAGAAGGCCGGGCUGAUCCUGGCUGGAUACGAGCACAACAGCACCGAGGUGGUGGAGGAGCUGAUUCAUGGGAUCAAGGACGAGUCAGUGCCGGCGCUGCAGUGGCAGGAGAUGGCGUCUGUGCUCGCCACGCGCCUGCCCAAGGAGCUCAAGGCCGAGCUGGAUGCGCUGCUGAAGGCGUCAGAAUCAACCCAAGUAACGUCCUCCCCGCGUCUGCUCUCCUUCCCCGCGCCCGAGUGCCUGCAUGUGCUGCGCUCGUUCCUGGACCGCCUGCCUGCCAAGGACCGCAUGGGGCAGCAGCAGCUCGUGGCGCCGCUGCUGCGAGUGGCUGAGCUGCAUGCGGGCGGCCGGGAGCAAUUUGGGCUCACGGUGAUUCAGGACCUGCUGAGCCAGUACCUGAGCGUGGAGAAGAACUUCUGUGAGACGCCGCAGGCGGACGUGAUCGAGGGGCUGAGGCAGACGCACAAGAAGGACCUGGCCAAGGUGGUGGACGUGGUGCUGUCCCACCAGGGUGUGGCGCGCAAGAACGACCUGGUGGUGGCCAUUCUGGACCGCAUGGUGGCUCCCAACCCCAGCAAGCACAAGGCCAUGCUCAAAGAGCUCUCCUCGCUCUCCAAUGUCAAGCACUCCAAGGUGUUGGUGAAGGCGAAGCUCCUGCUGGAGCAGGUCCAACUGACAGAGCUCCAAGCCGGCGUGGUGCACAACCUCUCCAACCUCGACAUCUCCGAGGACGCCCUCUCCUCCGCCAGCAGCAAGCAGGAGCUCUCCUCCACAUCAUCUUCCGCAGCAGGAGGAGCAGGAGGCGGAGUAGCAGGAGGGGCUGGAGGAGACGCGGCAGACCUGCUGACUCCCAGAUCUCUGGAUCCGAAGGCGGUGAAGGAGUCUCUAGAUGCACGUAUGGAGCGGCUUGUAGACGCGCCGGUGGCCAUCGACGACGCGCUGACGUCCCUCUUUGACUACAUGGACGCUGACGUGCAGUCCCGGGCGGUCGAGACGUACAUUCGGCGGCUGUACCAGCCGUAUAUUGUGAAGGACUCUGUCACGGUGGUUGCCGGGAACAACAAGUCUGUUGUUGCCUCGUGGGAGUUUUGGGAGGAAGGACCACCGCCGUCGAUCGAGCAGCUAGAGGAGGGCCCGGAUAGCCCCACGUUCAAGGCGCCAUCUACGGGGGGUGUGAAGCGGUGGGGAGUGAUGGUGGUGGCGUCCACGCUGCAGGAGGUGAAGGAUUUGCUGCGGCCUGUGAUCUCGCAGCCGGACGGGUGGUUGCUGAGUGCGGUGGAUGGGAAGCAGACGCGCGUGGCUGCUACUAGGAAGGCCAGUGCGGAGGACCUGCCGUUUGGGGGCAUGAAGCGGAUUCGCACGUUCCUGGGGAUCCCGUUCGGGGCGGGGAAUGUUGCUCAUGUGGCUCUGCUGCCCAAACUCGACAGCCUUGCGGACAGCCCGUCCACCUUCCGCAUGGAGGACCGCAUUCACACGCUGCGCCGGUCCCUGCUGGACGCGGAUGCGGCCUCCACGCUGCACGGUGCGGGCGUGACGGCCGUGAGCUGCAUCGUGGUGCAGCACGGGCAGGGCCGUGCGCCUCUCAGGCACUGCUUCCACUGGAGCGAGGAGAGGGAAACCUUCGAAGAGUGGCCUCUCAUGCGCCACGUGGAGCCGCCUCUCUCCGACCUGCUGGAACUGCAAAAGCUGAUGAGUUUCGGCGAGAUGCAGUACAAGCGGUCGCGCAACCGCCACUGGCACAUCUACUCCACCACCGAGAAGCCCUCUGGCAUUCGCCGCCUCUUCCUCCGUUCCGUCGUGCGCCUCCCCAAAUCCGCCACUGGCGGAGGAGGCGACACCAGCCCCCCCGGCGGCAGCAGUGGAGGCAGCAGCAGCUGGAUCGGCGGUGGUGAUGCCGAUGGUGGUGCUGUGGGUGGUGGGGCGGAGGUGACGCGUGAGCCGUCGUUUUCGGACUCGCUGGUGAGCGAAUGUACGGUUCAGAUCGAGGUGGCGGCGCGGACGCUGGCGGCGGCAAUCCAGGAGGCAUUGGAUGAGCCGGAGCUGGAGACAACGCUCAAGGCGGACCAUGCCCACAUCUUCAUGGCCCUGCUGGGGUCACUGUCAUUCGAAAUGAGCCCCCGCGCCUCAGGCUUCAACCUGGCGGAGGUGGAGCGCAUGCUGUGCGGGCUGGGCCGCCUGGCAGACGCCAAGGUGGCCCCGCGCAUGCGCUCGCUGGCGCUGUGCAUGUGGGAGGCGCGUGUCAAGGUGAAGGGCGUGGGCGUGGGCUCUGGCGCCUGGCGUCUGGUGGCCGAGAACCCCAGCGGCCACGCCUGUCUCGUGCAGGCCUACAUGGAAGCCGACGACGCAGCCGGCAAGAACUUUGUCUACUUCUCCUCGCCGCCCAAGCUGCCGCGCACCGACAUGCCAUCAUGGCCCGACAACGCACUCAUCCUCCCGCCCGCCGCGCUCCCCGUGCGCGUCACCUCCUCGCUGCUGCCCAUGCCGUCCCCCUCCGGCCCCCCGGGGGGUGGUGGCACCACGAUGACCCUCAAGGGCAUGGGCCCGCUGCAUGGCACGCCGCUCUCCGCGCCGUAUGGUCCGUUGAGCUCCAUUGACAAGAGGAGGCUGGCGGCUAGGAAGGCCGGGACCACCUUCUGCUAUGACUUCCUCUCCAUCUUCGAGGAGGCGUUGAAGCAGAUCUGGGCGGCAGCAGAGGCCAAGGGCACGCACACGGCGCCGCCCGCCCCGCACCUCACCUACAAGGAGCUCAUCUUCGCCGACCCAAACAUCGCAUGGGACGCAAAGCUACAGGAAACCAGCCGCCCGGCGGGGCUGAACAGCAUCGCAAUGGUCGGCUGGCGGCUCACCCUCCGCACUCCCGAAUUCCCCGACGGUCGCACGGUCUACAUCGUGGCAAACGAUGUUACCCGAGGGGCCGGCGCGUUUGGCCUGCAUGAGGACAUGCUUUUCCAUGCGAUUACUCUCGAGGCGAUCAAGAACAAGGCGCCGCUGCUGUAUCUCGCUGCGAACUCGGGUGCGAGGAUUGGGAUCGCAGAGGAGGUGAAGCGGUGCCUGCAUGCCGCGUGGCUGGACGAGAAGAACCCCGAGCGAGGGUUCCAUUACCUGUAUCUCACUCCGGAGGACUAUACUCGAGUGCGGUCGUCUGUGGUGGCGCAUGAGGUGGUUAUGGAGCCGUCAGGGGAGCGGAGGUGGGUGCUGACGGAUAUUAUCGGCGCUGAGGAAGGUCUUGGUGUGGAGAAUCUGUCCGGGAGUGGUGCGAUCGCGAGCGUGUUCUCGCGCGCUUUCCACGAGACGUUCACGCUGACAUUUGUCACGGGGCGGACGGUGGGUAUCGGCGCGUACCUGGCGCGGCUGGGCAGCCGGGUGAUUCAGAGGCAGGACCAGCCGAUUAUUCUGACAGGGUUCUCUGCGCUGAAUAAGCUGCUCGGGAGGGACGUGUAUUCGUCGCACAUGCAACUGGGAGGACCCAAGGUUAUGGCUGUCAACGGCGUGGUUCACAACACCGUCGCGAACGAUCUCGACGGCGUUCUGACGAUCCUCCGCUGGCUGUCAUACGUCCCGGCGGCCGUUAACCGCCCGCUGCCGAUUGUCCCGAAGCCGCUCGACCCGCCGUCGCGCAAGGUGGAGUACAACCCUACGACCUCCUGUGAUCCCCGCGCUGCUGUGGCCGGGACCCAGUCUGGUACCCGCUUCCUCCGGGGGAUCUUCGACGAGGGUAGCUUCAUGGAAAUGCUGGACGGGUGGGCGAAGACGGUGGUUGUGGGGCGGGCGCGGCUGGGCGGCAUUCCUGUCGGGGUGAUUGCUGUGGAGACACAGACGGUGUUCCAGAACAUUCCGGCGGAUCCCGGGCAGCCGGAUUCACAUGAGCGGGUGCUGCCACAGGCCGGGCAGGUGUGGUAUCCGGAUUCGGCUGCGAAAACGGCCCAGGCGCUUCUAGACCUGCGUUUGGAGGGGCUGCCUCUGUUUAUUCUCGCCAACUGGCGCGGGUUUUCUGGAGGGCAGAGGGAUCUGUUCGAAGGGGUGCUUCAAGCGGGAUCGCUUAUAGUGGAGCAUUUGAGGACGUAUGAUCAGCCGGUGUUUGUGUAUAUCCCGAGGAAGGGCGAGCUGCGGGGCGGUGCGUGGGUCGUUGUGGACCAUAGGAUCAACCCACACAUGGUGGAGAUGUACGCUGAGGAUUCGGCGAGAGGAGCCGUGCUGGAGCCGGAAGGAGUGGUGGAGAUUAAGUUCCGGAAAAAGGAGCUUAUCGACGCGAUGCACAGGCUAGACCCGGAGAUUAUCGACUUGGAUAAGGCGCUGAGGGCGGCGAAGCAGCAGCAGGCACAGGGGAGCGAUAAUGGUUCAGUGACGGUUACUGAGGGGCUGAUCGCGCAGAGAGAGAAGGCGCUUCUGCCUGUGUAUACCCAGAUUGCGGUUCGGUUUGCAGAGCUGCAUGAUACCCCGCGGAGGAUGGCGGCCAAGGGCGUGAUCCGGGAUAUUGUCACUUGGGAGAAUUCGAGGGCGUAUUUCUACUCGAGGUUGUGUCGGAAGGUUGCGGAGGACGGGCUUGCAAGGCAGUUCAUGUUACAGGUGGAUGGGCUGGGGAAGAUUGACGCGAUUGCGGAGGUGAAGCGGUGGUAUCUUGAUGAGCAGAGGGUGAAGCGGGGGGAGAUUGAGGCGCUCCGGACGAGUGAGGCGAUCGAUGGGGAUGAGUGGGUGGAUGAUAAGCAGUUCAUGGCUUGGGUGCAGGGCACGAGGAGGAAUGCGGAGGGGUUCAGGAGGAGGGUGAUGAGUCUGAGGGGGGGGAGGCUGGCGGCGGUGCUGACGAGGGAGAGGGACGCUGGGAGCAUUGCGGACGGGCUGGCACAGGCUGUUGCCAGCGUGCUGCAGGCGCUCCCUGCUAAUGCGCGCAAAGACGCUGCCGCCAAGCUCGCCCAAGUGCUGGGUCAGCAGUGA